GAGGGAGGGAGGUGGAGGGGAAGCGGGUUUAACUCCAGCCUCAGUCUCCUGACCCUCCGCCUGGAGCCCACCGUUCCCUCGGGGACAGGGCCUAUAAUUUGGUUUGUGUCUAGACAAAUAAUAACUCAGCUGGUGUGAGCGGGGAGGGCUGAGGCUAGGCCCACUAGGGAAAGGGUAGAGAGGGGCCUGGAUGCUUCCUGUCCCCUGCAGGUGGUUAGAAUUUAGGGGCCAGGUGGAGGUGGUAACUAACACGCCCUUCUCUUCCCUCUGUGAAGCCACAGUUUCUUAGAAUUCUGCACAGUCUCAGAAAUCAGCUGCUGGAAUGUUCAAAAGCAUACAAGAAAAAGCGGGGGGAGGAAAAGGAAGUGGGGCUCACCGUAUUUAGUGUACGUUCCCAUUUCUGUAAAAGAGAAAAGGGAAAUACGUAUUACUGUUUCCCGGGGAAAGAUAAAAAUCACUGAGGGUUUAAUAAUAGAUGAUGAAAGUCAUAGAACGCUUAAAAAAUCAUAGCGCAUUCUAACAAUAGAACUUUCGAAUCUUGGAAUGUGAGACUUCUAGAAUAUUGGAAACUUAGAAGGGUAGGUGCUUCCAAAGCCGCGAUGUAAUAAAUAGAAUGAAAGAAGAGUAACACUCUAGGAUGUUCUAAUAGAACAUUCAACUGCAGAGUGAACUAAGGAUAGAACCUGAAGAUCGCAGAACCGUGGGGACCCAGGAUGUCAGAGAGGCAGUCUAAGGACUGGUAUCCCUGAUGGGCAGUGUGGGUGUGGGGGGCACAGAGACCCCCUCGGUUGAAAUGGGGAAACUGAGGUGCAGUGGGGCGGCUAGGGUGGCCCGGCUGCCCCCUGGUUUCCGCUGGCCGCCAAGACACCAGGCACUGCAAAGUCAGCGUUGAAUGGACUUCAUCUAAUCCCUCAGCCCCCGCUCGGAGACCAGUCUGGAGUCCCUCCCUGCUCCCAUUCAAAGUCCCUUCCGCCACAAACUCACUUCCGAGCUAGACCUUACUCACCUCCUUCCUGUUUCCUAAGACUCCUUCCUGCAGUCUCCAGACUGAGCCUUACGUCUUUGUUUUACCCUGUGCCAGACACCUCCUUUUCCAGAACCUUCUCCAUAGUGGUGACCUUACUUACCUCUGUUUCUUUCUGGGGUCCUAGGAAAUGCCAGCACUCCCACCCGUAUUGCCUGGACUUUCCAACACUCCCUGACUGCCCUGUGUGUCCUGUCUCAACACUGUCCCAUGUAUUUCCUGUGUCUUCUAGAACAUUCCCCCACCAUUAUUCCUUCAAUACUACGGCAGUUAGGAACAUACUUCCUAACUGCCCUGCACACAUCUCCUCGCCGUUGCCCAGUGAUGCUCUCAUCUCCUCCAUAAACAAUCCCCGAGACCAAUUUUUGUGUCACCCCCAUACUCCCUCAUUGACACCGUGAUUGACUCUAUACAUAACCUCCUUGACAAACCUCUUUAUUAAUCUCGUCAUCCUCCUGAGUUCCCUCCUGUCAUAACUCCAUCCCUCCUCCAGCUUUUCCCUCUCAAGCUUUGCCCUUCCCGGCUCAGCCUAUCUGACCUCAUCUCUCUUCCCUGCCAUGUUCCCCUGAGCCUCCAAGGAAGGGGCUCAGGGGGCCCCAUGGCCUCCCGCUCCCCGUGGCCCCACAGCCCCCGUGGGCCAGGGGAAGUGCCCCAGAAGCCGAAGUGCCCACAAUGGGCAACCAGACGUGGGAGGGCUGCCACGUGGACUCGCGUGUGGACCACCUCUUCCCACCAUCCCUCUACAUCUUCGUCAUCGGCGUGGGGCUGCCCACCAACUGCCUGGCUCUGUGGGCGGCCUACCGCCAGGUGCAGCAGCGCAACGAGCUGGGCGUGUACCUGAUGAACCUCAGCAUCGCCGACCUGCUGUACAUCUGCACGCUGCCGCUGUGGGUCGACUACUUCCUGCACCACGACAACUGGAUCCACGGCCCCGGGUCCUGCAAGCUCUUCGGUUUCAUCUUCUACACCAACAUCUACAUCAGCAUCGCCUUCCUGUGCUGCAUCUCGGUCGACCGCUACCUGGCCGUGGCCCACCCACUCCGCUUCGCCCGCCUGCGCCGCGUCAAGACGGCUGUGGCCGUGAGCUCCGUGGUCUGGGCCACCGAGCUGGGCGCCAACUCGGCGCCCCUGUUCCAUGACGAGCUCUUCCGAGACCGCUACAACCACACCUUCUGCUUCGAGAAGUUUCCCAUGGAAGGCUGGGUGGCCUGGAUGAACCUCUACCGGGUCUUCGUGGGGUUCCUCUUUCCGUGGGCGCUCAUGCUGCUGUCGUACCGGGGCAUCCUGCGGGCCGUGCGGGGCAGCGUGUCUACCGAGCGCCAGGAGAAGGCCAAGAUCAAGCGGCUGGCCCUCAGCCUCAUCGCCAUCGUGCUGGUCUGCUUCGCGCCCUAUCACGUGCUCCUGCUGUCCCGCAGCGCCAUCUACCUGGGCCGCCCCUGGGACUGUGGCUUUGAGGAGCGUGUCUUUUCUGCCUACCACAGCUCACUGGCUUUCACCAGCCUCAACUGUGUGGCGGACCCCAUCCUCUACUGCCUGGUCAACGAGGGCGCCCGCAGUGACGUCGCCAAGGCUCUGCACAACCUGCUCCGCUUUCUAGCCAGUGACAAGCCCCAGGAGAUGGCCAAUGCGUCGCUCACCCUGGAGACCCCACUCACCUCCAAGAGGAACAGCACAGCCAAGGCCAUGGCUGGCAGCUGGGCAGCCACUCUGCCCUCCCAGGGGGACCAGGUGCAGCUGAAGACGCUGCCACCAGCACAGUGAACCGUGCCUGGCACAGAAGCCCCAGUCCUCCACUCUCAUCCCACAGUCCCUUCUCUCCUGGUCUGGUGUGGGCAAAUUGUAUGAAAAUGGGCUAUGUUAAUAUUCAUAAUACCAGAACUUAGGAAGAGUGAGGCAGGUGUGUCACUGGUCAACCUUCAUGGUCCCAGAUCCCAUCACAGUUUGGUAGUCACGGAGGGCCUCCUGGAAGAGGAGAUGAGUAAAUAUUUAUUUUGGAGACAUGGUCUUGCUGUGUUGCCCAGGCUGGAGGGCAGUAGUGCAAUCGUGGCUCACUGCAUCCUCCACCUCCUGAGCUCCAGCAAUCCUCCCACAUCAGCCUCCCGAGGAGCUGGGACCACCAGCGCACACCACCAUGACUGGCUAACUUUUGUACUUUUGUAGAGACGGAGUCUCACUAUGUUUCCCAGGCUGGUCUUAAAUUCCUGGGCUCCUCCUGCCUCGGCCUCCCAAAGUACAGAUGUGAGCCAUCAUGCCCGGCCAGAUGAAUUAAGUCAAAUGUUUGGUUUCCAGAAAAUAAAGACAAAUAGAGAAGGUUAGAUUUGUUUUUUUUUCCAACAAGUGGAUAAAAGUCUCUGACUCAGGGGGAAAGUGGAAAGUGCAGGAAACACAGAGUCAUGUUCGCAAAGCCCCUGGUCAUACAGGGGAGGGAACAAAAGACCGCAGUUCUAAGUUUUUCUAGAUCAACAGCGAUCUCCAAGUCAGGUCUGAGGAUGUUGAAAUCUGAGUCCCGGGCAGGCGGGGCAGAUGGCCUGGAGGAAUGAUGAGGGAAGGUCUGGGACAAGAGGAAAGGGUAUCUACCCGUCAUUCAACAGAGGUUCAUGUAGGGCGUUGUGUGGGUGGCCCUGGGGAUACAGCAGUGACUGAGACAGGCUGGCCUGGCCUUCACAGGGCUCACCAUACACAAGUAAAUAAAAAAUACGUCAUGUUUGGAA